AAUCAUUCAGUGUUCAGGGAAUGAGUCUCUGGGUGCCAACUCUUUCGCGUCCUGGUGCCUGAAUGCAGUCGGACCCAGGAGCCUAGAGCCUUCCAAGCUUGGGGAACCACCUUUCUCCUACCCAUGGACUCGGGGAACCUGGCAGAUGCAAAGAGCCAGUCAAGCAUAAGGGAGGGAGUGUGGCUUCAGUGUUGCUCAGAUCCCUGAGUCGUUUAGGAACGAAGGAAUAACGGGAAAGGUGGAUGAGAGGCCAGAGAAUCCCGCCGUGGAACUCUGCUCGCAUGCUGUCUCUGUCGCUCCAGCAUCUGAAAGAAGGUAACCGUUCCCUGAUGGCCCAGUUGGGAGCAGUUGUGGCCGUGGCUGCCAGUUUCUUUUGUGCCUCUCUCUUCUCAGCUGUGCACAAGAUAGAAGAGGGGCAUAUUGGGGUGUAUUACAGAGGCGGUGCCCUGCUAACGUCCACCAGCGGCCCUGGCUUCCACCUGAUGCUCCCUUUCAUCACAUCGUAUAAGUCUGUGCAGACCACACUCCAGACAGACGAGGUGAAGAAUGUACCUUGUGGGACGAGCGGCGGCGUGAUGAUCUACUUCGACAGAAUUGAGGUGGUGAACUUCCUGGUCCCACAUGCAGUGUACGACAUAGUGAAGAACUACACAGCUGACUAUGACAAGGCCCUCAUCUUCAACAAGAUCCACCACGAGCUGAACCAGUUCUGCAGUGUCCACACGCUGCAGGAGGUCUACAUCGAGCUCUUCGAUCAGAUUGAUGAAAAUCUCAAACUGGCCUUGCAGCAGGACCUGACCUCCAUGGCCCCUGGGCUCGUCAUCCAAGCUGUGCGGGUGACAAAACCCAACAUACCCGAGGCCAUCCGCAGAAACUACGAGCUGAUGGAAAGCGAGAAGACAAAGCUGCUCAUUGCGGCCCAGAAGCAGAAGGUGGUGGAGAAGGAGGCGGAGACCGAGCGGAAGAAGGCCCUCAUUGAGGCAGAAAAAGUGGCUCAGGUGGCAGAGAUCACCUACGGGCAGAAGGUGAUGGAGAAGGAGACGGAGAAGAAGAUCUCGGAAAUCGAAGAUGCCGCGUUCCUGGCCCGGGAGAAGGCGAAGGCGGACGCCGAGUGCUACACGGCCAUGAAGAUAGCCGAAGCGAAUAAGCUGAAGCUGACCCCGGAGUAUCUGCAGCUGAUGAAAUACAAGGCCAUCGCUUCCAACAGCAAGAUUUACUUUGGCAAAGACAUCCCUAACAUGUUCAUGGACUCUGUUGGCGGCCUGGGCAAGCAGUUUGAGGGGCUCGCUGACAAGCUGAACUUUGGCUUAGAGGGUGAGCCCUCGGAGGCGGACGCUGAGGAGAACUGAAUGUUUCUGGACACUCAGAGAGAUCUUUAUUUUUUACUGAUGAACCAGGAUGCCCCUCCCUUCCACCCAACCUUCUUUGACUCUCUUCCAUGUGCCAUGGCGAAAAAAGAAGACACGGACUUAAGUCUAUUCCCCUUCCUGGGAAGGGAGGGCAGGGAUUGGUGAUUUGGGGUUUUAUUCAGGUAAGUAGGUGAUAUGACUUCUGUUGAGAUUUGUGAACCCUGGGUUAGACCUUUGACCUCCAGAUCCUGAUUUUCGCCCUUUUGAAGCUGGCUUAAUUAGGGAUGCUGUCAAGGAGGAGCAGGAGAAAUACAGGGUGUUGCCUCCAGGUGAUUUGAUUUCCCUUCUUUGGGAAAAGGUAGUCCAGUGCUCUCAUCCUGCCUCCAAGGUGGGAGAUGCCUGUGGGGGAGGCUCAAUGACUGAGCAAAUGCGAGCUUGUAAGUUUGCCAGCAGGGCCCUCGAGAAUGCUGGCUUUCCCAGCGUUGCUGUCGGUGCAGACGUGAGCUGCCACAGAGCUGCGCUUUCUGGCAAGGAAGAUCUGGUGCUAGGUUUUGCGAGCUUUUCUACACACCGGCCUCGUGGCCCCAGGGCUUGAAGAGUGGUGGCUUCUGACUCCAUUGCCCAGAGUCAGGGUUUGGUCACCACCACACAGUUCUUUUUAAAACUUUUCACCUAUUCUGCAAGUUGGUGUUUUCUCCUCUUAACCUGUUCAUUGGUUCCGCUCAGCGUCAAGAAGAUGGAACAAAGAACUCAAGUGUCUUCAGAGCUGUUGAAGUGGAACCAUGGUAUCCAUUAGCCACUGAGCACCUGUUUGGCAAAUAAUGUGUGUUCCUUGGAAUCAAGUGUCUCUUCAUGUUGAGUAGCUUCUCUGGGGGAGGAAGAAGGGUCAUCCAAAAGAGUUCCCAGUCACAAUGUCUAUGGCUCGUGCUGGGAGUUCGUCUGACAUAGCGACCGAAGGAAGCCCAUUCUCUACGUGGUACGUGUCUUGAAACCUCAGGCUCCCAGCUCCCACACGGGGGUCACACUGAGUGUGAAAUCUCUAGGGACAGCUGUGUGGGUGCAGGUCAGAGUUCACGCCCGAGUCCCUGUGUUAGAGUGGCUGCAUCAAAAUCCAUUCAAAUGUUUUUCCAUUACUAACUAGGAGAUCUGGAUGGGGAAAGCAAACAUGAAGAAAAGGUUUUCUUAUGUCCUGAAAUUGGAGGCGGGGUGGGUACCAGAUUGCUAAGUGGAUGGACUUGCCUGCGCGUCGGGAUUGGCUGUGACAGGCUCCGGCGUGGGACGUGUUACUAGCUUUGUUAUCAGCUGUCCCCACCGCCGUACCCCUCUUCCCUCUUCCCUCGGGGAAACUCUGAGUGGAACUUUCUGGCACAGAUUGCCAUCUCAUUUUCAGUCCCACGCCCAGACUUCUGACUUAUCAAAUGGCCCCAUAAGUUGAGCCAGCUUGCUCCUAAGUAGCACGAGGCUCGUUGGGAGCUCAGGAAGCAUUCAGCCUGACCAGGAAGAAACAAAGGGUUAACUCCUCUCAGUUUAGAUGUGGCCCUGCUCUGGUCUGAUUUCUGAGACUUAGAAUUCUCAAACCACUGGUCACACUUUGUGCAGGCAGCCGAAUGUUCCUGGGCACGAUGGACUGUCACGCGCUCAGAAGUCCUUCCAAGAGGCCAUUAGUCUCCUAAGACCAACGUAAGGUAUCCAUUACUAAGAUACACUCACGCUCCUCCCACUUCAGUGCCAUCAGUCACCGGUCAGGAGCAACAUGUCACCUCCAGCAUCCCUGAUUUGCAUAUUUAUCUGCUUCUCUGCUCUGAGACUUUCUACCCAAGCCUCAGAAAACACUACUUCACUGCAGCGGAACACGAAGCAAGGCUGUGUCAGCCUCUGAACAGCACACUUGCGUAGGCUCUUAACUGGAAAGUCUCUCUAAUACUAACAUCCUGCGACAGCUUGUUCCUUGCCCUGGAUCACAAAGGAGACUCACUGAAGUCCUGCUGCUCCUGCCCUCCUCAAGGUUAAUGUCACUGCUGCUUUAAGCAAAAAUACAACCAUCAUAGUACCCAUCAGUUUAAAUCCAAUGGUUGUCUGUACCUGCCUGAAUAGUAAAACCAUGGAAGUCUGCCAUGUCCUUAGCGUGGGACAUCUAACCAGUCGGUCUGUGUGACUUUCAUGUCUUUAAGAACACUUAACUAGAAAACCUGAUCUGAAAACCUUUAAAUUCUAAACAUGGAAAAUGUGAUCACCUGCAGUUUUGUAGGCAGUAAAGUCAUGGCUGCUAUUUAUAAAUGGAACUUCUAUCAAAAUAAGUAAUUGUUUAUAAAAUUCAGUUUUUGUAGGAUUUUUCUAAGGAAAAGUCACCUUGGUUGAAUGUUUCUCACUCAUUAAACUUUGCAGAAGGGAUUCAUAUUCAGUACUGUUUUUAAUCACUUUUUUAAUAUCAGGACAGAAUGUUUGAAAGGAAUCCAAAGUGCGCUAAUAAUUUUUAUAUGACUAAAAUAAAUUUGGGAGACUCUCUGAUCAUAUUAAGUUGAGGGAGGAAAAAAACUGUGAAAGAACAUUAGCAAUACAAUUAUCUCAGUAUCUGCAGGGGGCUGGUUCCAGGACCCCUGCAGAUACCAAAAUCCUGGGAUGCUCAAGUCCCUUAUAUAAAAUAGUGCACCAUCACCCUCAGUAUCCACAGGUUCUGUAUCCAUGGCUACAGUAGGCUGACUGUAUGAAUCAAAAAAAGGUAGAUGUUUAUAAAGGAUCUGUUGCAGCUUCUAUGUAUGGGUCUAUGUAUCUUUCAAUAUGGACAGCAUUACCACUUAUAGAGAGCGAAUAGUGAAGGUGAGAUCGUCAUAAUUAACUGGCUUAUUUAAGUUCGAGGAUAAAAGUGUAUCCUGACUAGUGGCUACUCUGUGUCUGGGAACUUAACCACUUUCUACUGAGUAGAGUUUUAGCCACUGUUUCUGUUGUUUCUUUUUAAAAGAGGUAAUAGCCAAUCAUUUUGUGUUUGUUUCCCAUUCCUCUUUAUUUCUGCUUUUGUGCAAGCUGGUGAUUGAACAGUCAAAACUAAUUCUACUUUCAGAGAGGCCUGAGGGCUUAAUGACCGCCUUUGUCACUGAGAAAUGAUUCUUGUUCAUCACUCUACAAAUGAUAUGCUGGAUUAACUGCCUUGGGUUGACAGAUGGAGGAACUGUUUUGAACAACACUAAAGGUGUGAUUUUAUGUCUCAGUUUUAUUUUCAGUCUUGCUAAAUAAAAUGAGUCUUUAUA